GACGUCAGUAGGGCUGUACUCAGCGCGUCUGACUCAGUGCCCUAGGGUAAAGCACGUCCAGUCAUUCAGCCCCACGGGUCUCGCUGUAUGAAUUGAAUUCUCACUAUAUGAGACUUCUCUUCUUAAGUCUCCUCCCUUUUUGUUUUCUUGUCUGAAUGAGCGAUCGGGAGAGCGACAGCUACCGUGAACGCCAGUCGGGAUGUUAACGAGAGGCCAUGGAAUAUGCUGAAGUUUUAAAGUAAUGCUCAAGGAUGCUAACACAACUGACACGGCUUCAUUGUUCAGAGGAGCCCAAGUCGCGUGCGCUAUCGUUCCUCAGCUCAUCUCGUGCUGCUUUGUCUCCAAAUUAUCGUCCGGGCCAGACGGUUCUCAGAGUCGUGCCUCCCUCCCUGGCCUGGAGCCGGAGGUGAAGAUGAACGUGCACGGAGGCACUGAACACUCUCGAGACUGCCGUCGCUCUGGCGACCGUUCCCGCGACUCCUCUCAUGAGCGAACAGAGAGUCAGCUGACCCCCUGCAUCAGGAACGUCACUUCGCCCACCCGUCAUCACAAUAUCGACCGUGAACGUGAGCCCAGCCCUAGGCCCCUGAGGGCCCCGCUCGGACCCGGGGCCAGCGAGGGGCGGGGCCCAGGGGAGAUGGUGUUUGUCUACGAGAGCACCAAGGAGGGGGUGCGCAGCCUCCGUGCCCCCGAGAGGGUGACGCUCAUCGUGGAUAACACGCGUUUCGUGGUGGACCCCUCCAUCUUCACUGCUCAACCCAACACCAUGCUGGGCAGAAUGUUCGGGUCUGGAAGGGAGCACAAUUUCACACGACCCAAUGAGAAGGGGGAGUUCGAGGUGGCUGAAGGAAUCAGCUCCACUGUGUUCAGGGCCAUCUUGGAUUACUACAAAUCUGGGAUAAUCCGCUGCCCCGACGGAAUCUCCAUCCCGGAGCUGAGGGAGGCAUGUGACUAUCUCUGCAUCUCCUUCGACUACAGCACCAUUAAGUGCAGAGACCUCAGUGCCCUGAUGCACGAGCUCUCUAACGAUGGGGCGCGGCGGCAGUUUGAGUUCUACCUGGAGGAGAUGAUCCUGCCGCUGAUGGUGGCCAGCGCGCAGAGCGGGGAGAGGGAGUGCCACAUCGUGGUGCUGACGGACGACGACGUGGUGGACUGGGACGAGGAGUACCCCCCCCAAAUGGGAGAGGAGUACUCGCAGAUAAUAUACAGUACAAAGCUGUACCGUUUCUUCAAGUACAUAGAGAAUCGCGACGUUGCCAAGUCAGUUUUGAAGGAGAGAGGACUGAAGAAAAUCCGACUGGGCAUUGAAGGUUACCCCACGUACAAAGAGAAGGUGAAGAAGCGCCCGGGCGGCCGGCCGGAGGUGAUCUAUAACUACGUGCAGCGGCCCUUCAUCCGCAUGUCCUGGGAGAAGGAGGAGGGCAAGAGCCGGCACGUGGACUUCCAGUGCGUGAAGAGCAAGUCCAUCACCAACCUGGCAGCUGCAGCUGCAGACAUCCCUCAGGACCAGCUGGUGGAGCUACACCCAGGGCCCCAGGUGGAUGAGCUCGACAUCCUACCCAUCCACCCACCACCUGGCCACAGUUACCAUAGCAACGAGCCUGACCCUGACGCCCCCUCGCCGGCUGUCUGAGACCAUGGCCUUAGCCCCGUUUCCCCAGGAUUGCCCCCCCCCCCCCCCACAGCCAUGGCACCCCAAGGACAAGGUCUGCUUCAGGACACUUAGCAGGAGCAUAGUCCUUCUGGUUUUGUUUCUUGUUUGAUUUUAGUUUUUUUACUUGAACAAAGGAUUUAUUUUUAUUAGGCAUUUGCAAGGCUGCUUGUUUUUGAAAUGGAGUGUUAUUCCUGGUUUGGCAACGGGGCAUCAGCACUGUGCAGUGUUAGCACCGUGCCCACAGGAACAGAGCACAUGGAGCCUGUGGAAUUGUGGGACACUGCCCCAGAUUAGAGGCUCUCUUGAAGGUCAUGGUCACUCCCCCUUUACUCUGUAAGCCCCACCCAGUUUGGUGUGCAGCAGUGGGGCGAUGACAUCACCAGCCUGAAGCUGUUCUCUGUUCAGCCGGUCUCCGGCACGUCCUGCAGUCAGGAUCCUUUUGCGCAAGGCUCAACAGUGUUGUUUUAAUAUUUAAUAAUAAAUAAAAAAAUGAAAUCAG